AUGUCUUUCGUCAGCACUUACAAACCAGUUUCAUUUAAGGACACCAACAUGUUCAAGCCACUAAAAGUUGGUAACACUGAAGUUCUUCACAGAGCAUUCAUGCCUCCAUUAACCAGAAUGAGAGCUCAACACCCAGGUAAUGUCCCAACUACCGAAUGGGCCGCAAAGUAUUAUGACCAACGUUCUAAGAGACCAGGUUCCAUGUUGAUCACUGAGGGGACCUUUAUCUCACCACAAGCUGGUGGUUAUGACCAUGCUCCAGGUAUUUGGUCUGACGAACAAGUCGCCGGAUGGAAGAAGAUCUUUGCCAAGAUCCACGAAAACAAGUCCUUUGUCUGGGUACAAUUGUGGAACUUAGGUAGACAUGCUGGUAUCAGAGAGAUGGCUAGAGACGGUCUACGUUACGACUCUGCUUCUGAUGGUGUCUAUAUGGAUGAAGAAUCUGAAAAAUUAUCCCUUGAGGUUAAGAACCCACAACAUGGUUUAACCCAAGAUGAAAUUAAGCAAUACAUCAAGGAAUAUAUCCAUGCUGCUAAGAACUCUAUUGAGGCUGGUGCCGAUGGUGUCGAGAUCCAUGGUGCUCAUGGUUAUUUGCUAAACCAAUUCUUAGACCCAUUGUCUAAUAAGAGAACUGAUAAAUAUGGUGGAUGUAUCGAAAACAGAGCCAGAUUCACUUUGGAGGUUGUCGAUGCGUUGAUUGAUGCCAUUGGUGCCGAAAAGAUUGGUAUCAGAUUGUCUCCGUACCAUACUUAUGGUACUAUGUCUGGUUCUAAGGAUCCAUGUACUAUUGCUACCUUCGCCUAUGUUAUCGGUGAAUUGGAGAAGAGACGUAGAGAUGGUAAACCAUUAGCUUAUAUCCACAUGACUGAACCAUUAAUCAAUGAUAACUCUACUGGCCCUAUCACUGAACCUGUUGUUAAGAAGCAUGAGGAAGGUACUAAUGAAUUUGUUUUCUCCAUUUGGAAGGGUCCAGUCUUAAGAACCGGUGAAUUAGGUGAAAACCCAACUCUUGCCACCAAAUUAUUGGAAAAUGACAGAACUAUGAUCGGAUACGGUAGAUAUUACAUCUCUACACCAGAUAUCAUUGAUCGUUUAGAAAAUGGUUUACCAUUCAACACCUACAGAUACAAGUUGUUCUACGGUCAAACUGAAGAAGGGUACACUGACUAUCCAACUUACAAAGAAGCUAUCAAGCUUGGUUACAAAUAG